CUGAACGGAUUGUGGGAUACAAAUCGACUACCCCCACCUCCCCGAAAUCUUCCUAAACAAACGAUGGAAAUCCUCCUCGGCCCCCCAGAAAGCCACGAAAGCGUCGGAUGAGUGAAAUCGAAGAUGCUGCGCACUACGACCAAAACCCCGGAGCUUUUUUGAACAGGACUGUGGGUGUGUGCGCGUCAGGCUCGCCGUUACCUCCGGACUGCACUCGCCAACUUCCCCCGCUUUCCAUCAAGUCAUGUCUGAUACAGAGCAAUGGGCAAGUUUGACGACAACGAGAGGAUAAUCCUCAACGUCGGGGGCACCAGGCACGAAACCUACAAAACCACCCUGAAGACCCUGCCGGGGACGCGACUGGCGCUGCUCGCCUCCGACUCGGACAUCGACUCCGUGCUGGAUCAGCUGCAACAAGUCCCCGGCUUCAUCGAGUACAACGCGCGAACCAACGAGUACUUCUUCGACCGUCACCCGGGUGUGUUCGCCUACGUGCUCAACUACUACCGGACCGGGAAGCUCCACUGCCCGGCGGAUGUGUGCGGACCGCUGUUCGAGGAGGAGCUCUCCUUCUGGGGAAUCGAUGAGACGGACGUGGAGCCCUGCUGCUGGAUGACAUACCGGCAGCACCGGGACGCGGAGGAGGCUCUGGACGUGUUCGAGCUCAACGUGGACAACGGAGACGAGGACGACGAUAUAGGAAGGAGGCUCGGCAUUGAGGAUGUGGCUGCCGACGGUAAUGUCAGCCUGUGGAGGAAGUGGCAGCCGGUGAUCUGGAAUCUAUUCGAGGAUCCGUACUCCUCCCGGGCGGCGAGGUUUAUUGCCUUUGCAUCCUUGUUCUUCAUCCUGGUCUCCAUCACCACCUUCUGCUUAGAGACUCAUGAAGCUUUCAACACCAUCAUCAACAAGACUGAGGUGUUGCAGAACAGCAGUGUGACCGAGUCGGGCAUGCAGUAUGAGAUUGAAACCGACCCUGCGCUCACCUAUGUGGAGGGCGUUUGCGUCUUCUGGUUCACCAUCGAGUUCCUGGUGCGGGUGACCUUCUGCCCGGUCAAGUUGGAGUUUGUUAAGAGCGUGCUCAACAUCAUCGACUUUGUGGCUAUCCUGCCUUUCUACUUGGAGGUAGGGCUGAGCGGCCUUUCUUCAAAGGCUGCCAAGGAUGUGUUGGGUUUCCUCAGGGUGGUGCGCUUUGUUCGUAUCCUGCGGAUCUUCAAACUGACACGUCAUUUUGUGGGGCUAAGGGUGUUGGGCCACACAUUACGGGCCAGCACCAAUGAAUUCCUGCUGCUCAUCAUCUUCCUGGCGUUGGGAGUGUUAAUUUUUGCCACCAUGAUUUACUACGCUGAACGAAUUGGCGCCAAGCCCAAUGACCCCACUGCUAGCACCCACACCAAGUUCAAGAACAUCCCCAUUGGCUUCUGGUGGGCUGUGGUAACCAUGACUACACUGGGCUAUGGCGACAUGUAUCCAGAGACCUGGUCAGGCAUGGUGGUGGGCGCACUUUGUGCUUUAGCUGGUGUGCUGACGAUAGCCAUGCCUGUGCCAGUUAUCGUCAAUAACUUUGGGAUGUACUACUCCCUGGCCAUGGCCAAGCAGAAGCUACCCAAAAAGAGGAAGAAACACAUCCCUCAGGCAGUGCAGGGAGGGUCCCCUACCUACUGCAAAGCCGACCUCAACACCACCUGCAACAGCACUCAAGGUGACCUGUGCCACGUCAAAGGGAGCAGGGUACUAGAACGCAACCGCUCAGUUCUGUCAGCGGACUGCAGCGGGGGCAGUGACCUGACCAUGUCUCCAGAGGAGAGGGUCCCCAUGCGAAGGUCCAGCACCAGGGAACAGGAUCGUCGGAGCGGGGGGACGUGCUUCCUGCUCGCUGCUAGUGACUACACCUGCCCUGCAGAUGGAGGGAUACGGAAAACAGGCUAUGAGAAAUCCCGGAGCUUAAACAACAUAGCGGGCAUGGCUGGUAACGCCCUGAGGUUGUCUCCUGUGACCUCGCCCUACGGAUCACCCUGCCCGUUGCGGCGCUCUCGCUCCCCUAUCCCCUCCAUCCUGUGAGACGUCCCGCCCCGGGCCUUUUCGGUCUAAACCAUCCCACAUCCUACGCCCCAAACUAAACCACCUCCCUUUGGUAUUAUAUCUGAACUGUUCUAGAUAUUGUGGCUAGUGGAUAAGUACUUGACCUUGUAGCUAAGACUAAUAGUAGUGGCUUGGGCAACCUGAGCAACUCCUCACUUUCCCCCUUUUCCUUGAAGGUACAUGUGCUUAGCUAACACCCUUAAGUAACUAGUCAGUUCUCCUGUGUCACUUGGAGCUCCCUUUAGAUGUUGCCGUACUUUGAGACUUGCAAUAAGAACUCUUCACUGGUGGCUUCAGAAGUAGCAGCCAUAACAUUUAAUAAAGGACAUAUUAAUAAUCAGGGAUAUUAGAUGUUGCUAUAUUUAGAUACCACGAAAAAGACGGGCUUCCAAAAAAAAAAAAAAGAAAGAGAGAUGUCACUUCAUUUUAACCUCAUACAACUGUGACUUUGUCUUUGUUUUGCUACUUUAUUUUUGGGACGGAGACCGGAGGGAUGGCUGUCGCGAUGGACAAUUUGUCUUUCAGGACUGUGUUUUGACUCACACAAGCACACGUACAGUCUGUCACUCUUCACCUGCUGCUGGGCCUGCUCAUGUUUUUUGCAUGGAUCAUCCUGUAACCAUCGUCUGCAAGCAGUGUGGCGAGGGGAGAAGGGACGAGGCAGACAGUGAGGACAACUAUAUAAAAAAAAAUACUCCUUCGUAUAUACAUAUAUGUGUAUAUACGAAGGAGUUUGUAUUUUUUUAAUUUAAUAUUAUUAUGUUGGGGUUUGGGGGGACUACACUCGACUUGUAUUGUGUCUCAUUUUGUCAUUGGCUUCACCAACAAUCCACAGAGGAGUCUAAAAACGCAGAAUGCCAGCUGGGUGUUCGUUUCUCUCUGCAUGUGGGUUUCUACUGAUCUGCUGUUAUUUCCAAUUAACUUUUUCCCCUCUGCUUUAUGUUUUGUUUUGUUUUUUUGUUGUUUUUCUUUAACGGAGUUCCACCAAAGCUGUUGUGUCUCUGGUUGUUUACUCACAGAUAACUGCAAAGAGGUUGUCUUUACUGGUUUCACACAAGCAGAGAGCAGCGUUCUAUCUUAAUGGCUUUGGGGGAAGGCGCCACCUUGGCGGAAAGGUAACCUUCUGAACGGGUGCGGGGGUCAGGUUUCAGUGCAGAACCCUCUCACCCUCUUGGUAAUGAAUUAUGAUUUGUGUGUUUCGUGUGUGUGGUUACUGAACACUGGGGUUAUUCAAUAAUCCGUAGAGAUACCUGCGUGUGGUUGCGCAGGACGAGCACUUUGACGAACGUGCACUCCUGAUGGCACCGUCAAAGGUGCCGCUUGUAGCAUUGUAAUCAGUGGAUCACCACCACAUUAAUAUUUAGACAUAAAUAUUUUUACUGUAAACAAAUGAUUCCAUCUUCAAGGAACAAAACUGCAGUUGGAAAUUUGCAUGAUUUACACCCUGAAAGCAGAUUUUUUUAAUCCGUUAUGCAAGUGAUACGUAACUUUUUCUGCAGUUUCCCUUCUUAUCAGCCACCUCCAAGGGCUAUUAGCUGCUCUCUAAUCCCCAAACCAAACAGACAAGCCUGAAUUCCCUCAGAACGGAGUCUGUAAAUCUCUCGUUUGAAACUGAAGCA